UCAGCCUCAGCCACAAGAUGUCCGCCCCUUUUCAAUACUGUGGUGCCUCGUACUCCCGCAUGUCUUCCUCAUACACUCCAGAAAUCAUUGUGCCCCAACGGCCAUACGCUGCAAAUAUCCAGAGAAACCAUACCCACUCCAUCGGAGUAGUCGAGUUCUGGGUCAAUGGUCAGAAGGGAAUCCGACUCAGCGACGCACAAGCGAGAAUCUUCACUGGUCUGGCACAUGCUGAUGACAGACUACUGGAAGGCUUCGGUGUCAAGGUCACCUAUCGUAUUGAGUGGCCAGGAUACGGCGCCUUUGGCAAGCAAAAGCAUGCGCUGCGUGCGACGCGCGAGAAGGAGAGCAUUACACGUGCAAAGAUGGCCAUCCAUGUCGCAGAGGUCAUGAAGGACUUUAUCGAGGAAAUGACCCCGCUGUCCACGAGCGACCCCAGCUGGCGCGUCGGGGAGAGGUACAUCGAGUUCGAAGACCUCUACCUCCUCGAGAUCCACCAUGUGGCCAAGGCUAGCUUGCAGCCUGUGAUUGCAUACCGCCCGCGCUACGUAUAUCCGCAAUCGUGCCCUCCGCCGACCUCUGCUGCGGCGUACUCGGCGUACCCUUCCUAUGGGUGGCCAUGAAGUCUAAUCGACAGAUCCAUGGACUAUGGAAAGCGCGGACAUUUUGACUGGCUGGCUGUGCUAGACCAUGUGUUGCUUCCCCCGAGGACACUCAGCCUCGUGCACCGCUUUGCGGCGCUGUAGCGCCCAGUGACUGUACAGCUCGACUUCGCUUCUCUUCCCGCUCUACACAGCUUGUACCUCUCCCGCAGCGUGAGAUAUUGUAUCAUUACUGGUAGUAUGUCUCUGGUUCCCAGUAGACACCAAUUGUUUGUUGUACUAAUAUUGGGCUCCAAUAGGCUUCGUAGCAACUUUGUAGGGCUGUAUGUAUUACUCCGGAAAUUUAAUUAUUGACAUCUCUGUGGCAUUGCGGGAUGUAAGC